AUGUUUUUUUCUCUCUUAUUUCAAACAUCGCUUUGCGAAUGUCCAUCAGAUCCACUCAAACUAACUACUACAGGUCAGCAUAUGUUCGCUAUGGUUGAAGGCUCUGUUGUUUGCAUGCAAGCAACUGAAGAUAAUACAGUUCUAAUUUUUGAUUUCAUUGGCAAUGCUACUGCUACAGUUUGCAUCAAUAACAACGAUGGAGAAUGUACAGAAGUAGGAAAACUCGGUCUUUUUGGAAAUAACACCAAUAUUACUGGAAUUUGGUUUGGACGCAAUAAAGGAUUAAUUGAAGUUACAACACAACAUGUCCUUACGAUCAAAUUCACAUAUGCAAUAUUGCCUACUUUAUGUGAUAAAAUGCUAAUCACAAACACAAGGAAUUACACUAUCAAUAUUUCUAGGAGUGAUUUAGACAAAUAUGUGUAUUUUUGCUUUUUCGCUGCAACCUAUGGAACAUAUGCUUACAAAGUUUCAUAUAACGUUUCUGAUGAUGAUAAGCUUCAUAUCAUUCGAAAAGACAAUGUUCCUAGAAAUUAUGGCGGUCUUAAUCGCUUUUCAGGCAAUUCGGUAAAGGAUGAUCCAAUAGUUAUUACAUUAGACACAACAAACGACGCUUUAUCAUCAGAAUUGACUAUAUCAUUGCUGGGCGAAGAUAUCAUCCCAGAUACAAAUAUAACUACAUAUCUAAAUGGAUCUGAUUACGCGUUUUUAAAAGGACAAUUUCUUAACGACUUUCCACCUCCAGAAGUUGAUGAUAAGUACAGUAACAUCAUCUCAAUUACACUAAUUGUUAUAUUUGCCGGAUGUGGCGUUGGCUGCAUCAUUUAUAGAAUUGUUUCUUAUUACAAGAAAAAGAAAAUGCGUGAAUUGCUAAGAAUUGAACGUCUAAAGGCACCAAAAAGAAGAUUCAGAAAGAUUAUUCAUAAUAAGCCAAAAAACGAAGCAGAACCAAUGGCUUAUAACGAUGGAGAGGCUGAUUUUGUUUUAACUACAAAUAACGAAGCCUACAAUAUGGCAACUCACGAUGAUCCUCAUGAAUUAUAA